AUGCCGACUUCGCUGCACCCGCAGGCCAAAUUCGAUCCUAUCCCGCCUGAUCUGGACUUGUAUGGCUUGGUCGACAAGACUCCGAAUUUCAAGUGGGUUCAGCGCGUAUCAAGAACCCAAAUACGCAAUCUUGGACAACAGGAGUUUGAGAAGCUGGUGUUAAUUCACGUCAUCGCUGGCGGUAAACCCCUGGUCAUUGAUGGAUGGGAUGGUGUUCUACCAAAGGGGCUUUUCGAUGUCCGCUGGCUGGAGGAGACGUACGAUAAGCAACAGACGAGCGCCGUCAGCGCCUUUACUUGA